AAGCCUAUGAAUGUAGUCAUAAAAAAUAAAUGUCAGAUUUGUCAAAAGUAACCAAAGCACAUUAGAAUCUAUUGUGUAAAACGUAAAAUUUUAGUGUUUUCUAACAUUUGUCUACAAUUUUGAUUGUAUAAAUAUUGUUAUAUUGAAUGGCUUCAUCGAUGCUGACAAAAUGAUGGAGCUAACAGUUUGAGAAGGGUCGUAAAUUCUAUGGAAUACUUUCGAAUUCUAGUGAAAUCUGAUAAUAGUAUCCGCAGUUAAGAAGUAUGUAUAGAAAUGAAGAGAUGUGACACUUGCCGUCUACGCACGGAACGGAGGGCAUCGGAGAGCCGGCCAGCCACUGAGGACUGUUGCCCCCUCAUUGCCUCGCCCAUAGUCUCCCAGGAGGAGCCCUACGAAACUUGUAUCUUUUCGUGCGGUAUUUGCACGAUGUUCCCCUCGUGCAUGUCGCUGUUGUCCCGGAGGAGCGAGCAGCGGGGCCCGCGCCCCGGGCAAGUGGAGGUCGUGCUGAAUGUAUACGACAUGUACUGGACGAAUUGGUACACAGCGAGCGCGGGGGUGGGGGUGUUUCACAGCGGGGUGCAGGUGCACGGCGGGGAGUGGGCGUACGGCGGGCACCCGUACGCCUUCACCGGCGUCUUCGAGAUCGCGCCCAGGGACGAGCGGGAGCUGGGGGAGCAGUUCCGGUUCCGGCAAAGUGUACACAUAGGAUAUACCGACUUCAGCGAAGCGGAGGUGCGGCAAUUAGUAGCCGAAUUAGGCAAACAAUUCCGCGGUGACAGAUAUCACCUUAUGAACAACAAUUGCAACCAUUUCACAUCAGCAUUUUGUAUGGCGCUGUGCGAUCGUGACAUCCCUUCCUGGGUGAAUCGUCUGGCGUACGUGAGUUCCUGCGUGCCGUUCUUACAGAGAUGUCUGCCCAAGGAGUGGCUGACGCCGGCGGCGCUGCAGCACUCGCUGGCGGGCCACUCGCGCUCCUCCUCGCCGCAGACGCCGCAAUAGCAGCACGACAAGCUGCGUUGGCGCAGAUAAACGGAAAUGUGUUGUGUUAGCGAAAUUACGGUUGGCGCGUUGUCGAUAACUCAUUAUAACUACUUAUUAUGUAUAUGUUUUACGAUAAUAAUGUUAUCUCGAAAAAGCAAAGGCCGUAUGGUGACUGACGUUGCAUUC